UGUUGCUGUAGAAAAAACGAUGACUCUUAGUAAGAGACGACGUGGUAAUACUGAAGGUCGUAAUUUGACCGAGAAGAGGAGACGCACUGAUAUAAAUGCCAAAAUUAAAACGCUCAAGGAACUGACACGCUGUACUGAAAAGAAAGACUUGGUCUCGAGCCUUGACUGUAUCAUCAGUAACAUAACGGAGAUGAAACAAUACGUAGAAGGUUUUUACUACCCCCCUCCCAUGGUGCCGCCAACGGGCAUGGGGAUGGAUUAUCGACCGGGACCAUGGAUGUACCCUUAUAAUUAUGUCCACCCACAAUACAUGAUGCCUUAUAAUUAUAACCCCUAUGUAUACGGACAAGCUACCGGCUAUGGCAACGAAAUGGUACCUGCAGCUGCAGUUCCCACUAAUCAGGGAGUCAACUAUGAACCAGAGACGGCAAACCCUAUGUAAUAAUAAGAGCGGUUCAUGUCUAAGUAUUAAAAGACAAUAAUUAUAGUA